AUGCCUCACAAGCACAAGCGAAAACGCGAUGGCGACGACAAGCAUUUUGAUCUCCCUCCGUCCAAAGUCGCAAAACCUCUGAACGCCUACGAAAAAAUCGAAAAGAAGCACCACAAAGGUCCGAAACCCAAGGCACAGCUUCAGAAACCCCAAAAAAGUACGUCAGGAAGCUACAAGGGGGAUGACACUCCGCGCGCAUUCGCUCGUCUCAUGGCGAUUCAGGGAGGUCAAAGGCAGCGAUCUGGAUUAGAUGAUGGAGCACGCAAGUCUAAGAAGAAAUCGCGACAGACGGCAGGACAAGAGAUAAUGACCUCAGCUCCGCAGUCUGAAGGCACCGAAAAGCUCAAGAUUCUGCCUGGUGAGCGUCUCAACGAGUUUGCAGCUCGCGUGAAUCAAGCUCUCCCUGUGGGUGGCCUCUCGCGGAAAGGAAAGGCAGUCGAAGGCGAGAAACAGCGUCAGACCAAGACUGAGAAGCGGCUACAUCGUAUGUAUGCUGAGUGGCGCGAGCAAGACGCGAAACGUAAAGAGCGGGAAGAAGAAUUUCAGGAGGAGCAGGAAGAGCGCGACGAGGAGCUGCACACAGAGUAUGGUGGCCAGUCCAUGAAUUUGGAGCCAGAAGGCAAAAAGGCGAGACGGAAGAGGAUGCUGACUGAGGCUGGAGACAAUGAAGACCCUUGGGCAGUGUUGAAGGCUAAGCGUGAGGCGCCCAAAGGCCUACAUGAUGUGGUUCAAGCGCCGCCUGAGCUCAAGGUUGUGCCGAAGGAAAAGUUCAAGGUCCGGGAUGGCGCCAAAAUUGAAGUGGCAAAUGUUCCGGGCAAGAGUGGCAGUCUGAAGAGGAGAGAAGAGCUGGGUGAGGCGCGAAAGGAGGUCAUUGAGCGGUACAGAGCUAUGAUGAAGGGAAAGGGCGGUCUGUAA